UUGAGUUUGGGGUGCGCGGAGGUACGCGCGAGGUGUUGUGCCGACUCUGUGGGUACCAAAACUCGAGUUUUGGUGAGUGGGGGUGUGCUAGUGCUUAACUUCUUAGAACAUUCGUGAAAAUAUUGAAUUCUCACUCUGGUGGCGCUUUUUCAAUCGGCUUGGUGUGUGCACGCUCCCGUUAUCGUUUUGGGUGUUGGUGUAGCAUCAGCGUUUCGGUUUCAGUCUGUGAUUGUGAUAAUCUGUGUUUUAUUUUCGUUUGAAGCUCAAGCAUCUGUAAGUGAAGCGUCAGUGGGGUCCCACACUAUGGGACAAACCUCUCUGGAGUGGCCCCUGCUGGGGCUGCUUUGCCUAUUCUUCUUUGCGGCGGCCGACACCGGUCUGCAGGGGCCCGUGUUCGUCCUGGAGCCGCCCAACAAGAUCGACUUCAGCAACUCGACCGGCACGGUGGUGGAGUGCGCGGCACGCGGCUCGCCGCCGCCGCGCGUCACCUGGGUGCGCGGCGACGGCCAGCCCGUGGACGACGUCACCGGACUGCGACAGGUGUUCUCGAACGGCACGCUGCGGUUCCUGGCGUUCCGCGCCGAGGACUACCGCCAGGAGAUUCACGCCCAGGUGUACCGCUGUUUGGCCAACAACUCGGAGGGCUCGGUGGUGUCUCGCGACGUGCACGUCCGAGCAGUGGUGGCUCAGCAGUACUCAGCCAGCGUCAACCCCGUGUACGUGGUGGCCGGGAACGCGGCCGUGCUGCGCUGCGAGCUGCCCAGUCACGUGGCCGACCUGGUGACGGUCACCUCGUGGGUCGACGGCGACGGCGCCGUCUUCUUCCGCUCGGCUGGGGGCGGCGUUAGUGGCGAUGACGGCAAGUACCUGGUGCUGCCGUCUGGCGAGCUGCACAUCCGCGACGUGACGCCCGAGGACGGCCUCAAGUCGUUCCGCUGCCGCACCGUGCACCGGCUGACGGGCGAGACGCGCCUCAGCGCCACCGAGGGCCGACUCGUCGUCUCAGAGCCGGUGUCGAGCGGCGCUCCGCGGGUGCCGGCCGGGGCCCAGGGCGCCACGUUCUACCUGCGGGCGGCGGCGCCGGGGGCGCUGCACUGCCGCGGCCAGGGCUACCCGGCGCCAGUGUUCAGGUGGUUCAAGUUUGAGGAGGGCAGCUCGCGUCGGCGGCCCGUUCAGCUGGACGACAGGGUCCGCCAGGUGGCUGGCACCCUCAUCAUCCGCGAGGCGCGCGUCCAGGACUCGGGGAAGUACCUCUGUCAGGUCAACAACACCGUCGGAGGCGAGAGCGUCGAGACCGUGCUCACCGUCACUGCGCCGCUCUCGUCUUCCAUCACGCCGCCGUCCCAAGUGGUCGACUUCGGCAAACCGGCCCAGUUCACCUGCACCUACAAGGGCAACCCCGUCAAGGCCCUCUACUGGAUGAAGGAUGGCGUCAAAAUCGGUCACGACGAGCCGACGCUGUCGAUCCGCGCCGUCACCAAGUCCGACAAGGGCAUGUACCAGUGUUUCGUCAUCAACGACCAGGAGAGCGCGCAGGCCACUGCAGAGCUGCGGCUCGGUGGAAAGUUCGACCCGCCGGCGCUGGUGGAGACGUUCGAGGCCCGCCAGCUGGAGCCCGGCAUCUCCACCCACCUCAAGUGCGCCGCCACCGGCGACCCGACGCCCGAGAUCACCUGGUUCAUUGACGACACGGAGACCACCAGCCGAGACCGGUUCCAGGUGAGCCACUCUCGCGGUCCGGCCGGCACCGUCGUGUCCUUCCUCAACGUCACCAGCAUCCUGACCAACGACGGCGGCCUGUUCAAGUGCCGCGCCGCCUCCAAGGUGGGCGCCGCCGAGCACCAGGCGCGCAUCGACGUGCGCGGCCUGCCGCACGUCAAGCCCAUGAAGAAGAUGUCGGUGGUGGCCGGCGAGACGCUGAUCAAGACGUGCCCGGUGGCCGGCUACCCGAUCGACACCAUCACCUGGGAAAUGAACGCGCGCGUGCUGCCCCGUGACGCGCGCCAGAAGGUGUUCCCGAACGGCACGCUGAUCAUCACCAACGUGCAGCGCCAGUCGGACCAGGGCACGUACACGUGUGUGGCGCGCAGCACGCACGGCUACAUGGCGCGCGCCAACCUCGAGGUGCUCGUCAUGGUGCCGCCAGAGAUAUUGCCGUUUCCUGUGUCGGACGCGCUGAGCGCGGGGGACGAGGUGUUCCUGCCGUGUAACGUCCACAAGGGCGACAGGCCGCUGUCGAUCCGCUGGACGUUCCACGGCGGCGAGUCGGCGGUGCUGGAGCGCCAGUUCAGCACGCUGCCGGCCGGCGCCAGGACCAACAUCCUCAUGAUCCCGUCCGUGCAGCACGCCCACUCGGGCCGGUACACGUGCAGAGCGAGCAACGCGGCCGGGGAGACGUCCUACUCCACCCGGCUGGUGGUCAAGGUGCCGCCCCGCUGGAUCAUCGAGCCCACCGACAAGGAGUUCGCGCUGAGCAGCACCGCCGAGAUCCAGUGCAAGGCCGACGGCUUCCCCAAGCCGCGCAUGGCCUGGAAAAAGGCCGCAGGCUCGCGGCCGGAGGACUAUCGGGCGCUGGGCCACUCGGACAGCAGUAUUCAGGUGCGCGACGACGGCACACUGGUCAUCAACAGCAUCCAGAAGCGCGACGAGGGCUACUACCUGUGCGAGGCCGACAACCAGAUCGGGCCCACACUCUCCGCCGUCAUCUACGUCAACGUACAGGCGCCGCCCCACUUUGAGAUCAAGCUGCGGAACCAGACGGCGCGCCUGGGCGACCCGGCCGUGCUGGUGUGCGAGGCGCGCGGCGAGCAGCCCAUCACCAUCAAAUGGAGCCGUAACGGGGCGCCGCUGAGCGCGCGCGAGCCGUCGCCGCGCUACACGAUCCGCCAGCAGAAGACGGAGGGUGGCGCCAGCUCCGACCUCAGCCUGCAGGAGACGAGCCGGCGCGACUCGGCCACCUACACCUGUGUGGCCAGCAACCCGUUCGGCCAGGACAACACCACCAUCAACCUCAUCGUCCAGGAGAAGCCCGAGGUGCCGUUCGCCAUCAAGGUGCUGAACAAGUCCGGCCGCUCUGUGGAGCUCUCCUGGAGCGCGCCCUACAACGGCAACUCGGACAUCUUCCAGUACAUCAUCCAGUACAAAAAGGCCAAGGACGAGUGGGACUCGAAGGAGAUGGAGCGCGUGGUGAUCCCCGGUAAGAUGGAGAUCGUGUCCGUCAUGGACCUCCGGCCGGCCACAGCCUACCAGAUGAGGAUCAUCGCCGAAAACGAGGUGGGCCCGUCGGAGCCGUCGGAGGUGGUGACGAUCGUCACCUCGGAGGAGCCGCCGGCCGGGCCGCCCACGGCCGUGGUGGUGGAGCCGCUGGAGCGCGGCCUGCUUGUCACAUGGAAACCGCCCAGCGACGAGCUGCUCAACGGGGAAGUGCUGGGCUACUACGUGGGCCACCGCCUGUCCAACAGCAAGAACAGCUUCUCCUUCCAGACCUUCGAGUUCGCCAACGAAGCCACCCGCAAACACCAAGUCAGCAUCACCAAACUCGAGGAGUUCCGCGAGUACGAGGUGGUGGUGCAGGCGUUCAACAGCCAGGGCUCUGGGCCGCAGUCGGAGGAGCAGCGCCAGUUCACGGCCGAGGGCGUGCCGUCGGCGCCGCCGCAGGAGAUCACCUGUCGCACGCUGACGUCGGACUCGAUCCGUGCCAGCUGGACGCCGCCGCCGGCCGGCGCCACCAACGGCGUCAUCCGCGGCUACAAGGUCAUGUACGGACCCAGCAGCACCUGGUACGAUGACAGCACGAUCGACAUGGCCAAGUCGACGAGCACCGAGACUCUGCUGACGGGUCUGAAAAAGUACACCGAGUACAACAUCACCGUGCUGGCCUACACGGGCGGCGGCGACGGGCCGCGCAGCCGAUCAGCCAUCUGCCGCACAGAGGAGGACGUGCCCGAGGCGCCUGCGGCCAUCAAGGCGCUGGCCAUGUCGUCGGACAGCAUCCUGGUGAGCUGGCGGCAGCCGGAGAACCCCAACGGCAUCAUCAAACGCUACACCGUCUACUUCAUGGAGGAGGGCAGCCGGGAGCCGCAGAUGCACCGCGUCACGCCGUUCCAGCAGUCUUACCGGGCCAGCGGCCUGAAAAAGACGCAAAACUACCAGUUCUGGGUGAACGCCGACACCAGCAUGGGCGAGGGGCCGCCCUCGAACAAGGUCACCGUCACGCCCCGCAGUCAGGUUCCGGCCCGGAUCGCCUCGUUCGACGACGAGCUGACGGUGAACUUCCAGCAGGACGCCAAGCUGCCGUGUCUGGCCGUGGGCCUGCCGCAGCCGACCAUCGCCUGGCACCGCGACGGAAAGCCCUUCCAGCCCAACGACCGGAUGCGCAUCAUGCCCGAGGGCUCACUGCAGAUUCGCGGCGUGCAGCGCGGCGACCGCGGCGAGUACUCGUGUAUCGCCAAAAACCAGUUCGGACAGGACACCGUCUCCCACAAGCUGGUUGUCCAGGCGCCCCCGUACCCGCCCGAGGUGCUGCUGAUCGGAUCGUCCAACAACUCGAUCGAGGUGCGCCUCAAGCCCGACCCCAACGACUCUGUACCGCUGUUCGGCUUCACGCUGCACUACAAGGCCGCCUUCGGCGAGUGGGAGACUGUCCAGGUGCCCAAAAAGGCGCGGUCGUUCACCCUGGAGAGCCCCUGGUGCGGUACCAAACACCAGAUCUACGCCACCGCCUUCAACGGAGUGGGUCCCGGCGAGCAGUCGGCCGUACUCACCACUCGCACCAAGGGCCAGGCGCCGACCAUGCCGCCGGCCGACCGCUUCCUGCGCAUCCAGGCCAAGAGCGUCGAGCUGCACCUCAACACGUGGAAGAACGGCGGCUGCCCGAUCCUCUACUUUGUCGUCGAGUACCGCAAACGCUUUGAGACGGAGUGGACGACGGCGUCUAACGCGCUGACGCCGGACAAGAGCAGCUUUAUGGUGAUGGACCUGGAGCCAGCCACGUGGUACGACCUGCGCGCCACGGCGCACAACAACGCCGGCUCCACGCAGGCCGAGUACCUGUUCGCCACGCUCGACGAGGAGGGAGGCACCGUCGGCCCGCCGCUGGUGCGGCCCGGAGCCGACGGCGACGACUGGUGGGACCAGCUGCCCGCCUGGCUGCCCGACCUGAACGUGCUGGUGCCCACCGCCUGCGGCCUGCUCGUGCUGCUGGUCGGCCUCUGUGUGCUCUGCGUCUACCUCGGAUCGCGCAACCGCAACGGCGCCCAGCGCUUCAAAGAUGACGCCCAGUACACGCAGCCGCCGCCACACCAGAACCGGUUGUACAACGAGGAGCUGGGCUACAUCGCGCCGCCCAACCGCAAGCUGCCGCCGAUCCCGGGCUCCACGUACAGCACGCUCGGCUCCCAGGUCAAACGGAUGCCCGGAGGGGCGCUGAGCGUCUACGGGCCGGCCAACCCGCGCCACCAGUACGAGGAACUGACCCAGCAGCAGUACCAGGCGACCUACGGCGCCCCGCCGCGGCCGCCGCCGCAUGGCGUGCCCACCAGUCCCAGCACGUACUACAGCGUGGUCGGGCCGAACGGUGAGGAGGAGAUCGCGCCGUACGCCACGUUCCACCUGCUCGGCUUUAGGGAGGAGAUGGAUCCGUCUGGGGAGACGCCGGCCGGCUGUCAGACCAUGGCGCCGCGGCCCGGCCAGCACGGCAGACAGAUGUCGGCGCCGGCCGUACGCACCCUGCCGCGCAACACGCGCUACAGCCAGCCGGUGAACCCGCUGCCGCCGCCGGCCCACCAGGCGCGUGCCUCGCUCGGCGGCGGCGGCGGCGGCUCGGUGUUCUCGCCCACCUACGACGACCCGGCGCGCUCGGACGACGAGGCCAACUACAACAGCAGCCAGUACAGCGGCGGCGGCCCGUACGCCGCGCUCGACGACUCCUCCAGCCGCACGGGCACGGCGCGGCGCAACGGCCCGGAGCCGGCCGCCGCCGGCUGGGCGGCCGACUGCGGCUCGCUGCCGCCGCCGCCGCCCUCGCUGCUGACGGACGAGCCGCUGCCGCCGCCGCCGCCGCCGCGCGCCUCCCUGGACGACUCCAACACCUCGCAGCAGACGGACACAUCGGCCAUGGAGUGCGACCGCGACCAGGCGCUGCUGGCAGAUAGUCCCCAGUUCGGCAAGGACGGCAGACCCGCGGACGAGACACGCAAGCUGCUCGACAGCGACAAGGAGUCGAACGAGGCUCGCCGGCCGCACGGGACGACUCAGAACGGCGCGCUGGUGCCCUACGACACGGUGAACGUGUGAGCGCGCCGCACCCCGCCGCCGCCGCCGCCGGCCGCACUCCCGUGCCAUGACGCCGCUUCUCCGCCGCUGCUGCCGCCCCGCUGCCGCCGCCGCCGCUCGGUGUUUGCCUAGAUGUUGGCUUCUCGACGUGUGUAUCUAAGUCAGUGUAGAGCGCUGGUCAGGGACGCGCGGAGGCCGGGCCGGCCGCCCGGCCGCCGGCGCCCCGCCAGCCGUAGUGUCCGUUUUUGUAUAAGACUCGGUGUUUCGAUGGCCGGGUGGCGCGCCCCGUUUGCGGCAGCGCCCGUUGUGAUAGGUCUGGUCGUGCGCAGGUGAGACUGAUGGGGGCCGGUCGGAGGCAGGGCCCGGCGCACUAGUCUGGUCAGAGUGAGUGGCAGCGGAGCGCCGACACGACUCAGAGGGGGCCGCCCGUGGCCGCCCGCCGCGUCCGCUGCCGGCCGACGGCGCUGGACAAUCGUGUACUUAAAUUCAACACCGGCUCCAGUCUCUUCCGUGCGACUGCUCAACUCGCGUCUUCGCUGGACCAGAGUGCACGUCGUGGGCAGGGCGCAGCGCCGGGCUUAGGGAGUCGAUGUCGCGCCGCCGGCCCGCGCCGAGGGAUUUUGGACGCGUUUUUCAGCAUGUGCGCUUGGGUAUGUUACUAAUUGUGCAGGACCGGUCAGGCGCUGCCGCGCAUCGUUUAUGAUUGGAAUGCAUCGAUCUGUGGCCGGUGACGAGUGUGUAGCUGCACUAACGAUCUGUCAUUUCCUAACGGUUCAUUCGUAGUCGCCAUGUGCCAAUUUUAGUUGUCGCGCUAUAUUAGCGACUCGCACGCUCUCGUGUAUGUGACUGUAAUCUCCCGGAGCGCAGGGCCCGGCUUUUCGGGCAGCAGACCGCGCAUAGCUGCUCCAGCGCUCCACAUUUAGCUGCUCUCUCGUUCCAGAGAACGAGCUUUGUGCUUCAAUAAACAUCGUCUCUCCGACA